AUGGCCGAGGAGAAGGUGUCGCUGCCCAAGAAACCCAAGAAGCCGGCGGCCAAGAAACCGGACAAUGCUAGAGGUGGGAAGAAGGCCAACGGAGACAAGAAUGCAGCCGAGAAGUCCGCAAGUACCAGGUAUACUUACAAGAAGUCCACGACGAAGUCUCUCAAGAAGGGGGCGGCCAAGAAGGCCCAACCAGCAAAGAAGCCAAUGGCCGAGGAGAAGGUGUCGCUGCCCAAGAAACCCAAGAAGCCGGCGGCCAAGAAAGCGGUCACUCCCAAGAAGACACCCAAGAACUAA